UUUUUUUUAUGUUCUUUUAUUACUUUUUUUUAAUAUUCAAACAUGACACUUUAUUAUAGUAUUGUAUUUGCCAUUUUGGCUGUUGAGAUUUUUAUAUUCUUCUUGUUCUUGUUACCUAUACCAACGCGUUGGCAAAAGCCUGUUUUCCGUUGGCUUGCUACUUCACCUAUGGUGGCCCAUGCUCAAUACGUAAUGAGAAUCGUGUUUGUGUUUAUUUUUGUUUUAUUCCUCGAUGCCGUCAAUACACUUCGAGCAUUCUAUGAUGUCGUAAGCGAAGAAGAGAACGGUAUUCCUCCUGCUGGUAAUACUGAUUUUAGAGCACAAGUUGGUCAAGCUGCAAAGAAGUUUUAUGCUCAACGUAACUUGUAUCUUACUGGUUUCACUAUCUUGUUAUUACUUAUUCUCAACAAAAUCAAGAAUAUGUCAUUGGAUUACAUUCAAUUGGAAGAUCAAUAUAUUCAAUUAGAAGGAUCUGUCUCCACUGAUCCUGCUGUAAGAAAAGCUACAAGGGAAAUGGAUACUGAACCCAUUGACACUAAGGUCACCAAGCUUGUCCCUGCUGAAAAACCAAAGCAUGAAGAUAAAAAGACCAUUUAAUUUUUGUAAAUAAA